CUUUUCUUUAGAUUUAAAAAUAUCUAGCAGUUAAAUGCUCAAAAUAUAUAUAUAAUAUAGUGUUAUCAAUAAGUGCCACUGUAAUACAGACCGCAUCCUCAUGAAACAGGGAAACUCGAAACAUUAUAAAAGCUCUUGGCUUCGUUGAACCAGUCACACUCUUCAUUCGCCCAUUGGGUGAACCGGGCGCAACUAAACUAGGCUCUGCCUUUACAGUUGUCAGUCCUACACCCAAUCCUGAAAGUCUUGUAAGAGACCAGGAUAUUAGAACUUCUAGCUUCUAUAUAAAGAGAGGUUUAGACGCGCUUAGAGUCACAAAUUAUUCGAUACUCACAAACAAAAGUGUAUUCGAUUCGUUGGUGGAAAAUUGAAAAAGUGAAUAUGUGUUCAAUUGUUAUGAUGAAGAUCGCUGUUGUUUUCUGUUUUUGUGAAGUGAUUAAUGCGGCGGCCGUGAUGGGAAAGCAGGAUACAGAACACCGGUGCGGUAUAGUGGCAUCUCCCAACCCUAUCCACCAGCAUCCUUGGUUAGUGCUUCUAGAGUUCUAUAGAAGGGACAUGAAGCACGAGAGGAGGUGUGGUGGUUCUCUGAUCAGCAAAAGACACGUCGUAACGGCCGCUCACUGCGUUCAGAAAGCCAUUUCAAAGAAUGCUAGGCUUUUCGCUCGUUUGGGGGAGUACGACUUGUCCAAGGAGGUGGACUGCGUGGACGGCGUCUGCGCAGACUUGCCUGUCAAGCUGGAAGUGGUACAAGUGACCACGCAUGAAGACUAUAAGAACCACGACAUAGCUAUACUCACCUUAUCAGAUGACGCUCCAUACACAGAUACCAUCCGUCCAAUAUGUUUCCCUUCAGCAGAAGACUUACGCGAGAGGAUGGUCUUCAGCGCUUCAGGUUGGGGCGAGAUCGUCAACAAGGGAGUCUACAGCGAUGUCAAGAAAGACUUGAGACUACCUUACUGGGCGAGAAGCAACUGUCAGAGUGCAUACAAUUCAAAAGUGCCGAGCCACGUGAUUUGUGCGGGUGGAGAGCAAGGCAUAGACACGUGCCGUGGCGAUUCUGGUGGUCCUUUAGUCUGGGGUAAGAAUUAUUUCGAGCUUUUCGGUGUCACGAGCUCUGGAAGCGUCAAUUGCGGCACGAAAGGCACCCCCGGCAUAUACACCAGUGUCAUCGACCAUCUGGACUGGAUUAAAGAAGUUAUAAAUCAAUGAAGAAGCGUGUGUUUUAAUUUAGGGUUUUAGCCAAAGUUCUUCCUAAACGUUCGAAGUCUCUGAAGAGAACAAUGCUUAGGAUAGAAAUACUGAAUUUAUAUUUGCUAUUUGCUUCCGCUGGCAUAAAAUUUGGGUUUUGAAAAUGAAAAUUCUUCCCAAAUGUUCAAAGUCUCUGAAGAGAAUAAUGUCUGGGAAGAAAUGCCUAUAUAAUAUAUUAUUUUCUCUCCGCCUACGAGUACAGACCAGGUAUAUAAAUAUGUUUUAGCUGUUGUUAAAGUUUCAGUUCAAUCUGCCUUUCGACGUUCUCAGGCAAAUUUCAUAAACGCUUAAAAACUAAAUGGGAGAGCUAAAGUAAACUUAGAACUUAGAAAGUAAAUAAAUAGAGAGAUUUAAUUCUGUACUGAUACGCUUUUGAACUUUUUAUAAUAAUUUUGAUUUAAUAGCUAGGGAGCAUCGUAGUUGAUACCAAGACGUGAUGUAGUCUGCACCUAUGUUAACUAGAAAAACUAAGCGAUGAGCUUAAGUAACUCUGAUUUUUUCUUCUAAAUAAUAUCGAAAUUGUAAAGAAAAAAUUCUGUCAUAAAUUAUAUAUUAUCGUUUCUGCCAUCAAUGAUAUCUAUUAAACAGUUUUUAAAAUUAUCAACAAUACAGAUUAUAUUAUUAAUGCAACAUCAUCAUAGUAGCAGAAGAACUUUUUUUAUCUUUUAUAACAUGAUUUCAAUAAAUUGUUCUAGUCUGCCUGCCGAUGAAGUAUUUUGUUUUUGUAUUAUAAUAAUAGGAAAAAUAAUAAUUAGUUUCAAACACAACAGGAAAAACUUCUGACACUAGCUAGCAUUAAUUUAAUUUUUAUAUGUGCAUUAAAUAGAUUGUAGAAAGGCUAUCGACAGAAGCUAUAAUGUCGUUUUUGACAAUUAUAUAACAUUUUUCUCUAUCUUCUAUUUGAUAUUGCGGCAAUAAAUAAAUAGUAAAAGUUGUUUAAAAUGACUAUUUUACUUAGUGCUCUAAUAUUUAAAUUUUUUAUGUGCAUUAAAUAGAUUGUAAAAAGGCUAUCGACAGAAGCUAUAAUGUCGUUUUUGACAAUUAUUUUUAUUAACAUUUUUCUCAAUCUUCUAUUUGAUAUUGCGGCAGUAAAUAAAUAGUAAAAAUUGUUUAAAAUGAUUAUUUUACUUAGUGCUCUAAUAUUAUCAAACUCUGUCAGAAGAGGAUAUCAUAUAAAAAUUACUGCCACUACACCCCUCCCUAGCUAUAAGAAGUUGUGGUAAUACUGCUGUAUGUUUAUUUAUUUUUUGUUAUACUUUCAUACUUUAGUGCAGUCGGGAAUUCAUUCUAUGUAUGUGAUUGACUGAACUAUAAGUAUUAGCCCGCUCUUUAAUGAUUUCUUUUGUUUUAAAUACUAUUAAGAUAGUUUAAAUGAAGAUACUACAAGUCUGAUAUAGGAUAUUUUCGAUAUUUUAUUGUAAGAUACAGAUAACUUUGUAUUUAGAAAGAAUAUUAUAUUUAUUGAACCAAAAAUAUUAACAUGUAUGCAGGCAUACUUUUAUUAGUAAUUGAUUUCUUUAGUCUACAAUACCAGCCUCAUUAGCAAAAUAAGAAUAAAAUUGACUUAAUAUAAUUUACUGUCAAUUUGACUGUUAUUUAUUAAUUUUUAUGAAUUAAGUUUAAUGUAAAAUAAAAGUUACCUCAGAAAAUGUUUGCCAAUUUGCCUAAACACAUUGUGCUGCCGAUUGUAAUUAUAGUAUUAUUAUACAUUUAAUGAUAUUAAUUAUAAAAUGUGAUAAAACUGCAGCGAUAUUUUAUAAAGCUCAGUAGAAAUUAAGUAGGUAUAUGUAAUUAUUGGCCAAUCAUACUUUUUAAAAGGAAUAAAUGAAUUAACCAAAAUUAACUUCGAG